CCCCCGGUUCCAGCAGAUGUAAGCUGCCCGCUGCGCCGUCACGAACAUCGAGCGUCUGAACUUCUGGUCGUCGUCGCGCACGAAGAGUUCUCGCUGAUCGCGGCUGUGGACGGCGGGCACGCUGGACGCGCAGCAGGAUCCCCGCAGGAGCCACGAACCGGAAACCGUGUACUUCCUCUGCGGGUUCAACGCCAUGGAACCCGCCUUCGGAGAGGUCAACCAGCUCGGCGGGGUCUUCGUGAACGGCCGGCCGCUCCCCAACGCCAUCCGGCUCCGGAUAGUGGAGCUGGCCCAGCUCGGGAUUCGGCCCUGUGACAUCAGCCGGCAGCUGCGCGUCUCUCACGGCUGCGUCAGUAAAAUCCUGGCGCGCUACAACGAGACCGGCUCCAUCCUCCCGGGGGCCAUCGGAGGCAGCAAGCCGCGGGUCACCACCCCCACCGUGGUGAAGCACAUACGGACGUACAAGCAGAGAGACCCCGGGAUUUUUGCCUGGGAGAUCCGGGACCGGCUGCUGGCCGACGGGGUCUGCGACAAGUUCAACCUGCCGUCCGUGAGCUCCAUCAGCCGGAUCCUCCGCAACAAGAUCGGGAAUCUGACCCCGCAGAGCCAGUACGAGGCGGGCAAGCCCGCGCCGCACGCUCCACCACAGCCCGCGUUACCAUACAACCACCUGUACUCAUACCCCGCAUCCAAGGUGCCCACCCCCCCGGGCAUGCCCACCCUUCCCGGACACAUGGCCAUGCACAGGAUUUGGCCCUCGUCGCACUCCGUCACGGACAUUCUGGGGAUCCGGUCCAUCACGGAGCAGCAAAACGCAGAGUGGAUCGCCCACAGUGAGCAGCUCUGUCACAGCACCCCGCACCCCUCCCUGCCCCCCUCCCACCCCAGCGUCACCCUCCACGGGGUGCAGCGGCACCACGUCGGCCUGUGUGACCGGACCCACGUGGCGGCCGGCCAGUGGCAGUGCUCUCUGUCCCCACAGCUGUGACGCCAUGAAGCUCCACGAACUAUUGCCACGACGGGGAGGGGGGAAGACCCCCCCUACCCCCCGGGAGUAAACAUUCAAAACAACCGAGGAAGGACCGACGCGCCGCUCCACGUCACAUCGGCCAGAGACCGGGUAACGUCCCGCACCACCGACACACCGCACGCGCGGCUGUAGCCCCCGCGUUGCCCCCCACAGUCGCUCAUGAGGAGAGAGGACCCCCCCCCCCCCCCCUGUACAAAGACGUUUAUUUAUUAGCUGGAGGUGCGUUGAAUGAAGUGCAAUUUGGCCUCGCGGACAGUGUGGAACCUGCACGUGUUCGGGCGGAGCUGGGACGGUUCUGGUGUCGGACCGGGGCCGGUAACACCUGCCAGAUGUUGCACAAAGAAGCUGAAUGUAUUCCGGUCUGCGGCUGUUCCCGGUCCGGACGGGGUUCGGUUGUUUGCAGAAUCCAGAUCCACAGAUUUUCUAAGUCGUGCGGGUUCGGGGUGGUGGUGGGGGGGUUAGAGGUGCCCCACGUGCGUCACGGCUCGAGGCCCCGCUUGCCGGUGGAGGCGCGCGGACCGGCCGGUCUGUGGGUUCAGACGUUUGUGUGACUGAAGGUCAAUAAAGACGUUUUCAAACCAGCAA